AUGGCCCUCUUUGAAAUUGCCAUGGAGCUAAUGGACUCGGAAAGCGACGAUGACUGCGACUACAGUGACAUCCACGUUGACUCCGACGACGAGUUCGACGAUGUGUGUGUUUCGGUAGCCUGUGCGUUGGUAAGAAGAGAUGCAAAUCGUGUGCCGGGGUACGAGAACGUGAUAACCAGGUAUCAUGAGCAUGAGUUUAAAAGAUUGUUCAGGCUCUCUAGAGAAACAUUUGACUGGCUAAGUGGUCAAUUCAGAGCUUCGACCUUCUACCCAAACGCGCUUCAAGGGCGUCAAAAAAUAUCCGCUGAAAAGACAUGCCUAAUUGCUCUUGUGUAUGUCGGCUCGCAAAUGUCGAUGUACGCCAUAGGAGACAAGUUUGACGUGGCAGAGUCGUCAGUGCAUGCAUGCGUGACGCGGUUCGUCCACUUUUUGCACUCACUUAGCAGUGAUGUUAUAUGCUGGCCCAGCAGUGCAGAAAUGAAUCGCAUCAAGGCAGGUUUCCUCGCCAAGAGUGGAGGCAAAGGCCCACGGAAUGCCAUCGGCUGCAUCGACGGUUCGCACAUCCAGAUCCUGACUCCAAGCGAAUCGACGCAGUCGUAUUUCAAUCGCAAGAAGUGGCCAUCUAUUAUUUUACAAGGGAUCUGCGAUGAUAGGAAUCGCUUUCUGAAUGUUUUCAUUGGGUUCCCUGGAUCUGUCCACGAUGCCCGCGUUUUGAAGGAGAGCCCAUUCUUCGCACGUGCGCCAUUGGAAUGUGGUGAAAACUACAUUCUGGGGGAUAGUGCGUAUCCUCUGAUGCCUUGGCUGAUGACUCCAUUCAGGGACAAUGAAGCCUCAUUUCCGUCUUGGAAAAAACAGUUUAAUAAGCGACACAGCCAGCAGAGGGUGUCCAUCGAGAACACCUUCGGCAUGCUUAAACAGCAUUUCAGCAGGUUGUACCUUGUGGAUGCCAAAACUGUUGUGCAGUCCUGCUAUAUAGUCAUGGCAGCGUGUGUGCUCCACAACCUGUGCAACAACGAGAGGGACUUCUUCCAGGAGCUGACAUCUUUACCACAAGAGGAAGAUGUGGGUAAUGACGACACUGAAGGGGAUUUUGACUGCAGCCUGCCAGGCUACAGUCAGUCCCUGCGAGAGUUCAUUGCAAAGGAGCAGUGCUAG